GGAGUGGUUUCUCGUCCUUUCUGGUCCCAUUUUCGAAUCAGAAUUAAUUACCUUAAUUAGUUCCAAUUAGUAUUGAUCUAACAACUCAUGAUGACAAUAAUGAAACUAGUUUGAUGCCGACACAAAAUCUGAGUAUGGUAAUAUUUAGGAACACUAUUAAGACAACAUAUAUAAUUGCAUCUACUAUUGGAAACACGAAUGACAAAGCAUAGUUUAGAGCUUAGAUAUGUUGAUAUGAUGCAUUGCCAUAACACGAGCAUGCUACCCUUCUCAACCACAAUUUAAAUAAAAUCUUUUCAAAUAGUACUUACGCUGUAUAAUGUAAAUGGAAAUUUCUCAGCGUGUGAGUGGGUCCUAAUGCUUCCCUUUCGCUGAUUUUUUUUUUUUUUUUUUUAAAUCUGGAUCUCUUAUAAGUUUAAUGUAUUAUUCCAAAAUACUGAUGGACUGAUGGGCUCGGAACAUACUGCCGAAAAUUUAUAGUGUUAUUAAUUAUGAUGAUGUGAUGAAUUAAUCAAUUAGGAUAUGAAUGAUUAUAUGAUCAGGUAAGACUUGGGAGUUUCGCUGUUCGAAAAUCACGCCACAUUUUCCGCUAUCAGAUUGCUACCUAAUACGCCAUUUUAAAUAUCGGUGCGAAUUUUGACGUUUACUUUGUUGCAAAUGAUGAAAUAAUGUGUUAUUGUACUCUUCGUUUUCUUGCCAUUGGAAAUAAUUGUUCAAUUUAUAUUUGAAUUAAUGAUGAAAUAGAAGUAUUAUUGUAAUCUUCGUUUUUCUGUGAUUGGAAAUAAUUGUACAAUUUAUAUUUUGAUUUAUGAUAUCAUAUCUUUUACCCUCUUUCAAAGUUUAGUUCUUCUUUAAAAAAAAAAAAAUACUCAGUGUGAUUGAAAAUUAUACAAACUACUCAUUUUGAGCUUGAAAGUAUAAAAUUGUGCUUACUAAAUAGAUUUUGAAAUUUUAUAUCAUUGGUCUAUUUCAUUUGAAUCGCGAAUUUUGCUUGGUAUAUUCGAUCAAUGCAAGUCGAACGUUAGUGAUAAAUUUACUAAUACUUUAAUAUGUUCGAUCACUGCGAGUUGAACCUUGAAACAUUAGUGGUUAAACAUUUAUAGAAUUUACACAUCUUUAAAUUUGUAGAAUUGUGUGAUAUUUCAUCAUCAUGACUAAAUUAAACUGAUAAUCAAUUUAAUAGAUUUAUUAUGUAGAUUUAAUUGACAUAAUUACAUUUCAUAUGAUCAGUCUUUUAUUUAAAUUAAAAUUAAUUAAAUUGUGUAGAUGUUAGUCGCCGUAAUAUAUCACUAGGAUUUUAGUGACAAAUAUUUAAAUUAAAAUUAAUUUUAAAUAUUACAUCAAUUAUGAGCUUGAAUUAUUUUUAUUUAUAUAAUUGCAUGAAGUAUGGAGAAGAACAUAAAUGAUAAAUUACGAACAACAAAUUAAACAUCACCGUCAAUGUAAUCCUUAAUUUGCAGAUUCAAAGAGAAAAUCUGAAUUCAUUUCUAAAAUAGCUUUAGCACCCAAUGAAGGCUGGAUUGUAUUUGUAUGUUUAAAUAGAGAUCAAACAUCAAAGAUAAGAUGAACUUGUUUUACAGUUUGACUCUUCCAAACUCUUUAAUAUCCUCGGGAAUCAGAUUGGGCUUCCCAUAAUUUGUUAUAUGAGCCCAUGAAGCCUGGGCUUUGGGGACUUUUCCUGCUGGAGUUGUUGAGCUAUCAUCGGCCCAUCAGAAUUACUCACGCCAGAAGCAGAAGAGAAUCAAGUAUUCUUCUCCAACAUUACAUCAUCUUCCGUAGCCUUUUCAAAAGCAGCAAUGUCGCAUCUAAAAAUUCAUGCGCCUUCCAGAAUUUUCAAGAACGUGCUCGAUUUCCAAAUCUAUUACGCACCAAAACACCUAAUUAUAAAUACCUAAAAUGUUAAUUAGCUUCGCCUUAGACUGAAACACUAAUCAGCAUAACAAGUAAUCAAGCAACAAAUAAUGUCAGGUUUCGUGGUGCGAUCCGAUGUCGGGGUGGGGCCGGCUAUGGACUGGAAGGAGACUCCUGAAGCCCACAUCUUCAAGUUCGACCUUCCGGGCCUCACCAAGGAGGACGUGAAGCUCCAAGUUCACGACGACAGAGUGUUGCACGUCAGCGCUGUUGCCGGUCCAGGCGAAGAAGAUGGUGCCCAAAACAAAUGGCACUGUAGAGAGCGCGUUGAUGGCCGGAAUUUUGUCCGGGAAUUUAGGUUGCCGGAAAAUGCUAUUGUGGAUGAGAUAAAAGCAUCGAUGAGCGACGGGGUGUUGGUGGUGAGGGUGGCUAAGGAUCUGAGCAAGAAGAAGAGGAGACAUUCAAAUAAGUAUGCUGUUGAGAUUGGUGGUGGUGAAGGUGAAGGAGAUGAUUCCGUUGCUGCCAAAGGGCUCUCACGGUUUGUCUGUUGCAGAGCUUGACUAAUUCCUAUCUUUUCGUUCUUCAUUUGUGUGUGGCUUUUUUCUAUUGUAAAUGGGUCGACUCAUUUAUUACGAGUCUCAAACUGUUUAAUUUGGAUGUCUUUGUACAUAGUAUUAAGGUUCCGGGGUGUUUUCUUCCCCCUUUUCUUUUUGAGCGAA